CGCUGAUCGUCUGGGGACAAAAAAAAAAAAAAAAAGAAAAAGGAAAAACCCAAGAAAAAAUAAUAUAGGAAUAGAAAGACGAAAUCGCCGCGAGCUGACGCCUCACCGUCUAACUUAGCAACAAUGAAAGCGAUCAGCCCCGUGCGGUCUUUCCGGAAAAACAACGCGAAUUUCUCAGAGCACUCGUUGGGAAUCUCUCGGAGCAAGACCCCGGUGGAUGACCCGCUCAGCCUGCUGUACAACAUGAACGACUGCUACUCCAAGCUGAAGGAGCUGGUGCCGAGCAUCCCCCAGAACAAGAACGUCAGCAAGAUGGAAAUCCUGCAGCAUGUCAUCGACUACAUCCUGGACCUGCAGAUCGCGCUGGACUCCAGCGUGGCGCUAACCAGCCUGCAUCACCCCGCGCGGCCGGGCCAGGCUCCCCCCAGGACCCCGCUGACCACCCUCAACACAGACAUCAGCAUCUUGUCAUUACAGUCUCCGGAGUUGCCAUCAGAGCUGCUGACAGAUGACAGCCGGACUCUGCGUCGUUAAAACGGUGUUUGGUCAAGACGCAGAAAAACACACAGGACCUGGAGACUGAGAGCAGGACUUUCUCUUCCUCUCCUUCCCCUCCCUCCUUCCUCUGUCCUCCAGGCCUGGAUUUUUUUCCCCUCACCCCCUUCGCUCCUGACGCCGAAUCAAAAAGACUUUGCUUUAUUAUGGGACAAUCUUAUGUGAUGUGUUUUUCUGUUUGGACACUUCAUUAUAUUAUUUAACUUAAGACUUUAUUUGUGGGUCCUUUCUGGAAAUGGAAGGCGCGUUAUAUUCCCGACAGCGGGAGGAAAAACGAGAUUAUUGUUAAGGAUUAUUUCACUCCUGUCCUCCUUCCUUGUCGAAGUCUUCGCUUUUUGGCGGAGGUGGGAUCGUGAAUUAAAAAAAAAAUCUUGGUUAGUUACUGUAAAAAGUUUAGUCUUGUCAGAAUUGUUGGCACAUGAAGGACUGGACGUUGUUUAAAAAAAUGUUAACGAAUGGAAAAAAAAAAAACUUUGUGAACUCUUAUCGGGAGUUUUAUCUUGUAUAGUUGCAGGAAUUUGAAACUUCUGCAAAAGUGUAAUGUUGUACUUAAUUAUGCUGAAACUUUUUAUAAAAGUAAUGUAAAUCGUACCUUUUUAUACAAAAUAAAUUAAAAACUCUA